AUGGAAAGAUUCAACGCCAGGCUUCAGCAAAAGUUCCUUGCGGCAAUAAAAGAGGACGGCAACUCAGAUCAAAGCGGUUGCGAGGAUAUUUCGUCGAAUCAGCAAUUUUCGAAGGGUAUUUUCAAAUGGUCUAGUAGUAAAUCCGAGGAGGCACGCAUCUCCAAACGACGACGCAAAGAGGAGACCCAAGGACUGCUAGAUUCGCUCUCAUCUCACAACUUCCUGACACCACUCAAGCAAAGCCGCCGCAAGCGGCAGAAUGGGACAGGGGAAUGGCUUUUUGAAACACAAGAGUUCAUCCAAUGGAUUGAUGGAAAUGGUGCACCUGUUCUUUGGUGUUCAGGCAAGAUUGGCUCGGGGAAGACCAUCCUCACGUCAGGCUUUCCAAUCAACAAAUAUAUCACUGCAAGUACUAAUUAUUUCAACAGAUCGAGCAUCGUUGACAAGAUAUUGACGGAGAAACGCAGCCCGAAUACUCUCCUUUCCUUUUUCUUUGUCCAAUUUGAUAACCAUGCAUCAUUACAGUCGGCAACAAUCCUGAAGUCGAUCAUCAGACAAGCACUCAGCCAGGCUAGGAUUCCAGAGGACGGAAAACCUCUCAUUGAGCAAAUACAGCGUGACAUGGACUCAACUCCCCAAAGUCUCGUCAAUGCUCUUCUCACGAUUGCUGAAAGAUGCACAAAGCUUUAUAUUGUGAUUGAUGGGCUUGACGAAUGCGAGAGGCCAGAUUGUGAUGAGGUUCUGGGAGCCCUAUCUUCGCUAGUAGCAAGAGCCAGGCCUUUGAGUGUUCUUAUAUUCAUUUCGAGCCGUGAAAGCAUUAAAGAUCAGAUGAAACGGGCUUUCGUAGAGGGAUUCGAUCGUCUUUUCACGGAGACUCCUGCUGCUGAAUCUGAGAUAGCUAUGUACGUCAAUGCCAUGAUCGAUGAAAAGCUGCGCAAAGAGGAUCUGAAUGUUGGCGAUCCCAAGCUCAUCGAGGAGAUUAAAGCAGCUUUAACUGAUGGAGCAGAUGGCAUGUUUCUAUGGGCUGCCUUCCAGAUUGAUGAACUAUGCUCCCGACAUUGUGACGAUGAAAUCCGAAAGGCUAUCAGAGACCUCCCAAAAGACCUGACAGAAACUUUCAACCGUGCCCUUCAUCGAAUUCUCUUCCAGCAUCAUGGGGAUAUUGCCCAGCGUUGUUUUCAAUGGGUAGCUGCUGCACAAAGACCUUUGACUCGUGACGAACUCAGAGAAGCUAUUUCUAUUGAAAUUAACCAACCUCAUUCAAUGGGAGAGCGUCUCACUAAUGGAAUUCAUCUGAUCUCAUCUUGGUGUGAGAAUCUUCUCGUCUGUGACGAGGAGGAUUGCAUUGUUCAGUUUGCGCAUCAUAGCGUGCGGAAGUUCCUGACAGAGGCGCAAUACCCUCCUCACCACCCCGAGCUAGAUGUCUUCCAUUUCAACCUUCAGAAUGCUGAUCAUUUUGUGGGUGAGAUUUGUGUCAGUUACCUCAACUUCGAUGAUUUCAAAACGAGUCUAGCUCGGGUGCAACAGCAGCAGCAGCCGGAACCCCAAAAGCGCUCGCGUCCACGAGUACUUCCUUCCGACAUAGCCUGGAACACAUUGGGCCAUGCAUGGUCAUCGGGGGGGCUCUAUGCAUGCACUUAG